AGAAGAGAGAGUGAAAGUCUUCAUUCUAGAGAGAGAAAGAAGAGAGAGAAAACUUCUCUAAGCUCUCUCUCUGUUUCUGAGUUUUGUGUAUUUCUUUUUCGUUGUCUGAACUAACCCUUCUAUGUUCGUUCUCGUUUUGUUUUCAAGAUCUAGCGGUCUUUUCUGCCAUUACUGUUAAAAACGGAGGCGGUUGUGAUGUCGUCCCUCAGCAGGGAGCUGGUGUUCUUGAUUUUACAGUUUCUCGAUGAGGAAAAAUUUAAGGAGACAGUUCACAAGCUUGAGCAGGAAUCUGGGUUUUUCUUCAAUAUGAAAUACUUUGAAGACGAGGUUCAUAAUGGGAACUGGGACGAAGUUGAGAGAUACCUCUCUGGUUUUACGAAAGUAGAUGAUAAUCGCUAUUCAAUGAAAAUAUUUUUUGAGAUUAGGAAGCAGAAAUAUCUUGAGGCAUUGGACAAGCAUGACCGCUCCAAGGCAGUAGAUAUUUUAGUAAAGGAUUUAAAAGUUUUUUCCACGUUUAACGAAGAACUUUUCAAGGAGAUUACUCAGCUCUUGACGCUGGAGAAUUUUAGGGAAAAUGAACAAUUGUCGAAGUAUGGCGAUACGAAGUCUGCUCGGGCUAUUAUGUUGGUUGAGUUGAAGAAGCUUAUUGAAGCAAAUCCUUUGUUCCGUGAUAAAUUGCAGUUUCCUCACCUUAAGAACUCAAGAUUGCGUACUCUUAUUAAUCAAAGCUUAAAUUGGCAGCAUCAACUUUGUAAAAACCCUAGACCAAAUCCAGAUAUUAAAACCCUUUUUGUGGAUCAUUCCUGUGGACAACCAAAUGGUGCUCGGGCUCCUUCUCCUGCGAACAAUCCGCUUCUUGGAUCCUUACCCAAACCUGGAGGUUUUCCUCCUCUUGGUGCUCAUGGGCCUUUUCAGCCUACAGCAGCACCAGUUCCAGCACCGCUUGCUGGUUGGAUGUCCAACCCUUCAGCCGUUACUCAUCCUGCAGUUUCUAGUGGAGGUGCCAUUGGUCUUGGUGCUCCAUCUAUGCCGGCUGCUUUGAAACAUCCACGGACUCCACCAAAUAACCCUUCUGUAGACUAUCCUUCUGCGGAAUCUGAAAUUGUUUCUAAAAGGCCAAAGCCUAUGGGGAUGUCUGAUGAGGUAAACCUACCAGUUAAUGUUCUGCCAGUAUCAUUUGCUGGUCAUGGUCAUGCACAGGCUUUUAAUGCACCAGAUGAUUUGCCGAAGAAUGUUAUGCGGACACUGAAUCAAGGGUCAUCUCCAAUGAGCAUGGAUUUUCAUCCGGUCCAACAAACUCUGCUUCUAGUUGGCACAAAUGUGGGUGAAAUAGGGUUGUGGGAAGUUGGAUCUAGGGAGCGACUUGUUUCGAGGAGUUUUAAAGUCUGGGAUCUCAAUGCAUGUUCAAUGCCUUUACAGGCAGCUCUACUUAAAGAGCCUGAUGUAUCGGUAAACCGUGUUAUUUGGAGUCCUGAUGGUUCAUUAUUUGGUGUUGCCUAUUCAAGGCACAUUGUUCAAAUAUACUCCUAUCACGGUGGUGAUGACCUGCGACAGCACCUGGAGAUUGAUGCUCAUGUCGGUGGAGUUAAUGAUCUAGCAUUCUCCAAUCCCAAUAAACAACUUUGUGUCAUAACAUGCGGGGAUGACAAGACCAUUAAGGUCUGGGAUGCUGCCAAUGGUGCAAGACAAUUUACAUUUGAAGGCCACGAGGCUCCUGUCUACUCUGUUUGUCCUCACUACAAGGAAAGUAUUCAGUUCAUCUUUUCAACAGCACUGGAUGGAAAGAUAAAGGCAUGGCUAUAUGAUAAUAUGGGCUCACGAGUUGACUAUGAUGCUCCUGGACGUUGGUGCACAACCAUGGCUUACAGUGCAGAUGGUACGAGGCUCUUCUCAUGUGGGACAAGUAAAGAUGGAGAGUCUUAUAUUGUUGAGUGGAAUGAGAGUGAAGGAGCUGUUAAGAGAACUUACCAAGGGUUCCGCAAGCGGUCUCUGGGUGUGGUACAAUUCGAUACAACUAAAAAUCGGUUUUUGGCUGCUGGUGAUGAUUUCUCCAUUAAAUUUUGGGACAUGGACAAUGUUCAACUUUUAACGACUGUAGAUGCUGACGGAGGGCUCCCAGCAAGUCCACGCAUCCGCUUUAACAAGGAUGGCACCCUUUUAGCUGUUUCUGGCAAUGAGAAUGGAAUUAAAAUCUUGGCGAAUCUGGAUGGAAUCCGGCUACUACGAACAUUUGAAAAUCUUUCAUAUGAUGCAUCUAGGACGUCAGAAGCUGGGACAAAGCCUGCAAUAAAUCCAAUUUCAGCUGCUGCAGCUGUGGCAGCAGCAGCAGCUGGUAGCGCCGCAGAUAGAGGUGCUUCUGUCGUCAGUAUGGCUGGAGUGGCUGGGGAUACCCGAAGUUUGGGGGACGUGAAACCUAGAAUUACUGAAGAUUCCAAUGACAAGUCAAAGAUUUGGAAGCUCACUGAAAUUAACGAAUCAUCUCAUUGUAGAUCCUUGAGGCUGCCUGAGAAUCUAAGAGUAAACAAGAUAUCUAGGUUGAUCUACACAAAUUCUGGAAGUGCAAUCUUGGCAUUGGCAUCAAAUGCUAUUCACCUGCUAUGGAAAUGGACGCGAAGUGAGCGUAAUUCAACUGGCAAGGCAACUGCAAAUGUUUUGCCUCAAUUAUGGCAACCGUCGAGUGGCAUUCUAAUGACCAACGAUGUUGCUGACACUGGUUCUGAAGAGGCUGUUCCCUGCUUUGCUUUAUCCAAAAAUGAUUCUUACGUCAUGUCAGCUUCUGGUGGAAAGAUUUCCCUCUUUAAUAUGAUGACAUUUAAGACAAUGACAACUUUCAUGCCGCCACCACCUGCCGCCACAUUCCUUGCUUUUCACCCACAAGAUAACAAUAUAAUUGCCAUUGGCAUGGAUGAUUCCACAAUUCAAAUUUAUAAUGUCCGUGUGGAUGAGGUUAAGAGCAAGCUUAAAGGUCACUCUAAAAGAAUAACUGGCUUGGCCUUCUCUCACUUACUGAAUGUGCUAGUUUCAUCCGGAGCCGACGCACAGCUUUGUGUGUGGAGCUCUGAUGGGUGGGAGAAGCAGAAAACACGAUCCUUGCAACUUCCAAGUGGGAGGCCAUUGUCAUCACAGUCAGACACUCGUGUACAGUUUCAUCAGGACCAGAUACACUUUCUGGUUGUGCACGAGACUCAGAUUGCAAUAUAUGAGACUACCAAACUUGAGUGUGUAAAGCAGUGGACGCCGCGGGAAUCUGGUGCACCAAUCUCUCACGCAACAUUCUCUUGUGACAGUCAAAUGAUAUAUGCCAGCUUCUUGGAUGGAACUGUCUGUGUGUUUACUGUUGCUACUCUCAGAUUACGUUGUCGAAUUAGUCCUUCAGCUUAUCUUCCUGCUAGUGUGAGCAAUGCUUCUGUUCAACCACUAGUGAUUGCAGCACAUCCCCAAGAAGCAAACCAAUUUGCUUUAGGGCUGUCAGAUGGUGGGGUUCACGUCUUCGAACCUCUCGAAUCAGAAGGGAAAUGGGGGGUGCCUCCGCCCGUUGAAAACGGAUCAGCAUCAAGUGUGCCAACGACUCCAUCAGUCGGAGCUUCAGGUUCAGAUCAAGCCCCAAGAUGAUCGAGCAGCUAGCACGAGUGCUUUUACAUGCUUGGUUGCUGGCCCUCCAACUUUAGGUAUACUUCAGAUUUUAACUGGUUGACCCUUUUUUUUCUUCUCCCUGAACAUUUGUUAGCCAUGUUUGUAUUUUGUCAUAUUUUUUUUGGUUUUAAGGUUGAUAUUUCAUUUCCCCAGUUUGUUGUUCAUGAUAUGUAGUUUUUUACUCAAGGAAACAGCAAAAGAUGUAGAUUUAUCUUCUUUCCUCAGAUUCUGUGUAAGUUAACAUUCUGCAGGAGUAUUACUAAUAGUCAAAUGACCUUCUUACUCAUGAA